CAGCAGGUUAUCUGUUUCUGUUGCUCUGUUGCUCCAGUAUAGCUGCUCUGUGCUGGGAUCGAACUCCUGAUCUUGUUAGUGCUGCACACUAUGGCACCGAAGAAGAAGAAGAAAGCUGAAGCGUCAGGAGGCGCAGGGAAGGAGGCAGACAAAGAAGCAGAAGCUGAGAGACAAGCACAGUUACACAAAGAGUAUGAAAUUCUGAAUGAAAUAUUCAGAAAUCUCAAAAGGAAGGCAGACCAACUACGAAAAGAUAAUGAGAUUCUUCAGAAUGAGACCAACCAGAUACGCAUCGAAAGUCAAGAGUACGUGUCAUACAUGUCAAAGCAGGCACAGAAGCGUGAGGAUGCACUUGCUGUUCUGAGCAAGCAGAGGGAGCAGAAGCUGGGAGAGCUCAGUAAAGAGAGAGAGGAGAUGGUGGAGAAACACAAAGAGCAGGUCAACGAACUGAAUAAGGAGAUUUUGGAGAAGGGGGCUGAGUUGGAACAGCUGAAUUUUGAAAUAGCUGAACACGAGAAUGUUCAGCGUCUUCAGCAGCAGCAGUUGGGCAGUAUAGCUGAGCUGGAGCAGGAACUAGCAUCUGCACGCUGUCGUCACUCUGAGACACUUCAAGCUCUCAAAGCAAGCAGUCUUAGAGAGAAGGAGCGCUACCAGGUUGAGGCUAAACACAAGGUGCGGGAACUCACCUUCAAAGUUAACAAGGAAGUGUCUGUCUGUCUGCUUUCUUACCUGCAACAGGUGUCUGAAGAGAACCAUCGCCUGCAUCAGGAACUGCAGCAGAUGAUUCAGAGAGUUCGAGCUCUCCGCAGCCGCCAGGAGCUUCUGGAGACGCAGCGCAGACAACUGCUCCUGGAAAAAGAGUAUGCACGGGAGCUGCAGCAUCUGCGCGCCUCCACAAGAUAAGAAGAUGUCAGCACAAGCGCAGGUCCUGGGAUACUAGAUAAUAAACCACGCUUUGAUUAGUUUUAUGUUUACUGAUAGAACUUGUAAAUGUUGAUUAUUGAUUAUUCUUGAGGUCUUAAUUAAAUCUAUGAACUUGUUCUGCAAUGAGAAAUUAUACAACAUGUUGGUACAAUCUGACAGUCUGACAAAGCGCAAUCAGAUAAUUAUGAUUUAUACAAAUCUUAUUACACAUUUAAUAGUACUCUAAAUUUCUUUUGAUUGUGUAAAGCUUUGCAACAAUGACCAUUGGUAGAGGCAUUAUUAUAUACUGUAAAUAUGAUGUUAUUGAAUUGAAUUAGUAGUUACAUCUCAAAUGUCAGGGUACUCAAAUUUACUGAUAAAAUCUUGUUUAAAAAGAGCUUUAGUGAGUAAAUGGUUUGGUUUCUCACAUUAGUUUGGUUGAUUAGGGGAAUAAGAGAAAAAUGUUCCCAGAUGCAAAGGAUAAAGCAAUUUUAUUUUAUUUUUAUUACUUUUAUGUUCUGGAAAGUGUUCACAGCGCUUCACUUUUUCCACA